GGCGCCUGAGAAGGGAGGAGGUACGGCCGGAGCCGAGUGCGGCCGAGCCGGAGCUGACCAGACCUGACGGGCUCGGAACGAGGCCCCAGCCGGGCGCGGACCGUGGGGCCCCGGCGUGGAUGGAGCAGGCUGAGCCCUGAAAUCCUUGCCGGCCCAGCCGUCCUGGUGUAGGACCCACAGGGUGGGCAGGCAGGCAGACAGGUCCCCGGUCCCGCGACCAGGCCCGGUUUGGCCCUUUGGGACCGAAGACGACCCAGCCGGAAGUGGCUCCUUCACCGGGGCCAUAGGCCAGUGACUAGGCUGGGCCCGGGCCUCCCGUCGGGGCCGGACUGGGACGAGGCCCCGGGGAGGCCCCGAGCCCUCUAGAGCCUUCCCUCAGGCCGACGCCCUCCGGGAAGAUGCAGCGCGCCUUGCCGGGCGCCCGCCAGCACUUGGGGGCCGUCCUGGCCAGCGCCAGCGUGGUGGUGAAGGCCCUGUGCGCUGCGGUACUGUUCCUCUACCUGCUCUCCUUCGUCGUGGACACGGGCUGCCUGGCUGUAACCCCAGGCUACCUUUUUCCGCCCAACUUCUGGAUCUGGACCCUGGCCACUCAUGGGCUGAUGGAGCAGCACGUGUGGGAUGUGGCCAUCAGCCUGGCUACCGUGGUGGUGGCUGGGCGUUUGCUGGAGCCCCUCUGGGGCGCCUUGGAACUACUCAUCUUUUUCUCAGUGGUGAACGUGGCUGUGGGGCUGCUGGGGGCCUUCGCCUACCUCCUCACCUACAUGGCUUCCUUCAACCUGGUCUACCUUUUCACGAUCCGCAUACACGGCGCCCUGGGCUUCCUCGGGGGUGUCCUUGUGGCACUCAAGCAAACCAUGGGGGACUGUGUAGUGCUGCGAGUGCCCCAGGUGAGGGUCAGUGUGGUGCCCAUGCUGCUCUUGGGGCUGCUGCUGGGGCUGCGGCUGGCCACGCUCCUCCAGAGCCCGGCACUGUCCUCCUACGGCUUUGGGGUGUUGUCCAGUUGGGUGUACCUUCGCUUCUACCAGCGCCAUAGCCGAGGCCGAGGGGACAUGGCCGACCAUUUUGCUUUCGCCACCUUCUUUCCUGAGAUCCUGCAGCCUGUGGUGGGGCUGUUGGCGAACUUGGUGCAUGGCCUCCUGGUGAAGGUCAAGGUAUGCCAGAAGACGGUGAAGCGCUAUGAUGUAGGUGCUCCGUCCUCCAUCACCAUCAGCCUCCCAGGCACAGAUCCUCAAGACGCGGAGCGGAGAAGGCAACUGGCCCUGAAGGCCCUCAAUGAGCGGCUGAAGAGAGUGGAGGACCAGUCUGUCUGGCCAAGCAUGGAUGACGAUGAAGAGGAGGCAGGGGCCAAGGUGGACAACCCUCUGUCCUCAGACAAGGCCCCCACACUCCCAGGGAAGGGGGCUGCUGCAGAGUCCAGCUUGAUCACCUUUGAGGCAGCUCCCCUGAAGCUGUAACUCCAGAGCACCCUGAGUGUAGCACCUCCUCUCGCAAGCCCCCCCGAUACCCUCGUGGCUACUGCAGGGCACCCACUGCUCUGAGGAGAGGCAAGAAGGCCUGCUGCGGCCCUCUGCAGCCUUCUGCUCUUUCUCGCCAACACUACCCAGGACUAUUGCAUCCUGGUUCCAACUCCAGACAACCACUAUGCCAGGCAUGAGCCAGCCAGCCCAGGCCGCCUGAGGUGAGACUGUCCCUGAGCAGGCAGCCCCAGGCACUCGGCUGCAGGGACACUGGUGCCACAGCUCUGGGCCAACCAUCAUGCCUCAUACUGGUUGCUGAGAGCCCUGAGCCAAGGCAAGGAUUUGCCAAAAACGUUCUGGGGGUCCAGCCAGUGCAGGGCUGCACAUCCCCGCCCACCCCCAGAGACUGUUCGGUUCGUGUCAGAUUUCUAAUUCCCUCUGCUGUGGCUUGGCUGCUAUGGGGCCAGAAGAGCCGCAGCUCCCAGGUGUUUUCUAUAGGACCACUUGCGUGGGCAGUCAAGCCCAACCUUGCAGUAUGAAUAAAACAGUUCUUUGAGGUUUA